AGAGUUUACAAGGGAAGGGAAGGCUCUUCCUCCCAGGCAGCAGCAGCUGCUGGGAGCAGGCGAUCUCCUGCUGGACCAGAAAUGUUAAACUUCUGGAAAAAAGUCCGCGCUAAGAUCUGUCCAUGUUUAUCAAAACCUGAUGAGACCUCAGAGCAGUCAGAAGAUACAGAGGCAGGACGUUCUCUAUUUCUGGCAAAACAAAUUCAGGCUGCUGUCAUCAUCCAGAAAUGGUGGCGCGGCGUGCUGGUCCGACGCAGCCUGCUCCAAGCUACCCUUUGUGCCUUGGUGAUCCAGAGGUGGUGGCGCCACACUUUCAACAAAGCCCAGGAGGAAAGAAGAAUCAGGGCGCUGGUUAUGUAUAUUUGGCCUGAGAAGUCGACCGUCCUCUUGCAGUCCAUGUUCAGGAUGUGGCUUAUGAAAACCCGGUACAAGAAGUACCAGAAGGCAGCCCAGGUCAUCCAAAACAACUGGCGGCACUACAGCUUCAGGAGAGAGUCCAAUGUCUGUUCUCUUGACAACCUGGCACAUGAUGGCAUAGACCUGAAUAUUGAGAUUGUCGUUGGGUAAGAAAGGGGGUGGGGGUGGAGAGAGAGAAAGACUCCAUGGAAGAAGCAGAGAAGACUUCUCAGGGCCAGGCAUUGAUGGGUGAAAUAAAUGUUUUAUAACUCC